AUGUCUGUUUUAAACAAAGAUCUAUUUACAAUGAUACACAUCGAUUUGGGAGAAAUGACAGCCGAAUUAACCACAGCCAAAUUACAUCCUGGCCAAAUAUUCAACAACAACAAACUGGAAAAUGGUAAUUCUAGUACAGUAUUAAAUAAUGAAGACUCAAGUAGAUUGUUCGAAGGAAAUAUUUGGCUGCAAAUAAGUCUGGGAAAUUUAAGAUGCCAAGGUGACUACAAUGAACUCUGCCAAUUUGUUGAUGAUCUACAACUACAGCCAGGCAUUUGGUCAACACCAGGAGAUAACUGUGAACUUUUUGAAAUGGUGAAGUAG